GCCGGAGGCGGUGCCGGGGGAUGGGGAAACGCUGGCUCCCAGAGUUGAUGUAUAUGGUGUGCGCCCGUGACGCUCCCGCGUACCUUCUGUAGCGCGGGAAUAAAGUUGGUUGAUUUGGUGCCUAGUCUGAAUGCCAAGGUUGCGGGCCUUGGGGUUGUGACUCUCACAAAUCCUCCAGCUGAAGGAGAAGACCCGUCGAGCUGGCUCUUUCCAGGGUCAUUUUAAAGAUGAAUGAGAAAAAAUUGGAAACAAUAUCACAACAGCGGAAAUUUCCUGAAUGGAUGUCUAUGCAGAAUAAAGGAUGUGCUAUAGAAGGAAAAAAGGCACAUAUUCAGAAGAGUGUUUUUGAAGAUGAUCUCCCCUUCUUAGAAUUCACUGGCUCUAUUGUGUAUAGUUAUGAAGCUAGUGAUUGCUCUUUCCUAUCAGAAGAUAUUAGCAUGAGUCUGUCUGCUGGAGAUGUGAUAGGAUUUGACAUGGAAUGGCCACCAAUAUACAAUAAAGGGAAACUAAGCAGAGUUGCACUAGUUCAAUUGUGUGUGUCUGAGAGCAAAUGUUACUUGUUUCACAUUUCUUCUAUGUCAGUUUUUCCCCAGGGAUUAAAAAUGUUGCUUGAAAAUGAAACAAUUAAAAAGGCAGGUGUAGGAAUCGAAGGAGAUCAGUGGAAACUUCUACGUGACUUUGACAUCAAAUUGAAGAGCUUUGUGGAAUUGACUGAUGUUGCCAAUCAAAAGUUGAAAUGUAUGGAGAUCUGGAGCCUCAAUGGACUGGUUAAACACCUCUUUGGUAAACAACUUCUGAAAGACAAGUCUAUCCGCUGUAGCAAUUGGAGUAUUUUCCCUCUCAGUGAGGAUCAGAAACUGUAUGCAGCCACUGAUGCUUAUGCUGGUCUCAUCAUUUAUCAAAAAUUAGAAAGUUUGGGUGAUGCCAUACAGAUGUUUGAUACAAAUAAAGUGGAGGAAAUCCUACCUAGUGAAAUGAAGAAACAGUUGACUGCAAUCUCUGAGGAGGUGAUGGAUCUGGCUAAUCAUUUUCCUGACACAUGCAGAAAAUUGGAAAAUCCACAGAGGGUUUCUAUAAUAUUGAAGAAUAUUUCAGAAAAUCUAUAUUCACUGAGGAAGAUGAUGUUUGCCUCUACUAACACUGAGCCUGAACUGAGGCCCAGAAGUAAUUUUAAGUUAUCAUCUUUGGAGGAUUCAACUGCCGGUGGACAACAACAGAAACAAACUAGAGAACAUAAAAUUUUUACCAGAGUUAAAGAUGAGACAUGGGAGACAACACUUGAUAAGUUCAUUAAACAUGAUGGAGAAGGUGUACUUGGAAAUAAAAUGAAACAAGAAGGUGAUGGUUCUGAAGAUGGAAUAAAAGACAAUAAAUUGAAAGAAAAUAUGGAAAGAACUUGUUUGAUGUCAUUAGAUAAUACAGAAUAUGAACUCCAAAUUUUGGAACAGCAGGCUCAAGAAAAAAAUCUUAGUGAUGUUUCUUUUCAAACUGCUGAGCGUUUAUCUCCCAGUGAUAACGAAAAAGAUUCAUCUUAUAUAAUUGAAAGUGAUGAAGAUUUAGAAAUGGAGAUGCUUAAGUCUUUAGAAAACCUAAAUAGUGAUGCUAUAGAAACAAUUCAUUCUGAGUGCUCAGAAAUAAGAGGAAAUUUGAGUCUUCCUACUGAAGAAGAUGAAGAUAAAAAUGAAGCCUUUGAAGAGGAAGAAGACCAUUUUUUGCCAGAACCCAAUGCAAAGCAAGUUAUUUGCCUCAAGACCUAUUUUGGCCAUCAUAGUUUUAAACCGGUUCAGUGGAAAGUUAUUCAUUCUGUUUUGGAAGAAAGAAGAGAUAAUGUUGUUGUCAUGGCAACUGGAUAUGGAAAGAGUUUAUGCUUCCAGUACCCACCUGUGUAUGUAGGCAAGAUUGGCCUUGUCAUCUCACCUCUUAUUUCCUUGAUGGAAGACCAAGUGCUCCAGCUUGAAAUGUCCAACAUUCCAGCUUGUUUCCUUGGAUCAGCACAAUCAAAAAAUGUUCUAGAAGAUGUUAAAUUAGGCAAAUAUCGAAUUAUUUACAUAACUCCAGAAUUCUGUUCAGGUAACUUGGACCUACUCCAGCACCUUGAAGCUAAUAUUGGUAUCACACUGAUUGCUGUGGAUGAGGCUCACUGUAUUUCUGAAUGGGGGCAUGAUUUUAGAAGUUCAUUCAGGACACUGGGCUCCCUGAAGACAGCACUCCCACUGGUUCCAAUAGUUGCACUCACUGCUACUGCAAGUUCUUCGAUCCAGGAAGAUAUUAUACAUUGCUUAAAACUGAGCAAUCCUCAGAUUACCUGUACUAGUUUUGAUCGACCAAAUCUGUAUUUAGAAGUUGGACGAAAAACAGGGAAUAUUCUUCAAGAUCUACAGCCAUUUCUUGUCAAAAAGACAAGUUCUGAAUGGGAAUUUGAAGGUCCAACUAUCAUCUAUUGUUCUUCCAGAAAAAUGACAGAAAAAGUUACUGCUGAACUUAGGAAACUAAAUUUAGCCUGUGGAACCUACCAUGCAGGCAUGAGUUUUAACACAAGGAAAGAUGUUCAUCACAGGUUCAUGAGGGAUGAAAUUCAGUGUGUCAUAGCUACUAUAGCUUUUGGAAUGGGCAUUAAUAAAUCUGACAUUCGCAAAGUCAUUCAUUAUGGUGCACCUAAGGAAAUGGAAUCAUAUUACCAGGAAAUUGGUAGAGCUGGCCGUGAUGGACUUCAAAGUUCUUGUCAUGUACUGUGGGCUCCAGCAGACUUUAACUUAAAUAGGCACCACUUUAUUGAGAUACAUAAUGAGAAGUUUCGAUCAUACAAAUUAAAGAUGGUGGCAAAAAUGGAAAAAUAUCUUCAUUCCAGCAGAUGUAGGCGGCAGAUCAUCUUGUGUCAUUUUGAGGACAGACAACUACAAAAGGCCUCCUUGGAUAUCAUGGGAACUGAAAACUGCUGUGAUAAUUGCAGGUCCAGAUUGAAUCAUUGCCAUUCCAUUAAUGAUUCAAGUGAUACAUCACAGGACUUUGGUCCACAAGCAUUCCUUCUGUUAUCUGCUGUGGACAUCUUACAGGGAAAGUUUGGAAUUGGGGUUCCAAUUUUAUUUCUCCGAGGAUCUAGUUCUCAGCGUCUCCCAGGUCCGUUUCGUAGACACAACCUUUUUGGUGCUGGCAAGGAUCAAACAGAGAGUUGGUGGAAGGCCUUUUCCCGUCACCUUGUAACGGAAGGAUUUUUGGUAGACGUUCCUGGUGGUAACAAAUUUGUAAAGAUUUGCACCCUUACGGCAAAGGGUAGGAAUUGGCUUUUUAAAGCCAAUGCAGAAUCUCCUCAGAGACUUAUACUUCAAGCUAAUGAAGAGUUGUGGCCGAAGAAGUUUCUUCUGCCAAGUGCUAGUACUGUAUCUUUGGGCAUUGAACAUCAUCCCUCUAAUCAAAUACCAAUUGAAUUAACUGCAGAAAAGGAGUCUAACUUGGAGAAGAUGUAUUCUUACAAAGCACUUGAUAAAAUUUCUUCUGGGAUUAACAUUCCUAAAAAAAGUAUCAUGGUAUCCUCAGAACCUGUUAUUUCAGCCCAGGAGCAAAAGACCCAGAGUGUGUUGUAUGGCAAAUUAGUAGAAGCUAGACAGAGACAUGCCAAUAAAAUGGAUGUUCCUCCAGCUAUUCUGGCCACAAACAAGAUACUAUUGGAUUUGGCCAAAAUGAGACCAACUACAGUUGAAAAUGUAAAACAAAUUGAUGGUGUAUCUGAAGGCAAAGCUACUAUGUUGGCCCCUCUGUUGGAAGUCAUCAAGCAUUUCUGCCAAGCAAAUAGUGUUCAGGCAGACCUCUUUUCAAAUACAAAGUCUCAAGAACAGAAGAAAAGUUUGGAAAUGAAGAAUGAAAACUGCUCCCUCCCGAAGUGUGUGGCUGUCACAUAUUCUUUAUUCCAAGAAAAGAAGAUGUCUUUGGACAGCAUAGCCAAGGACAGGAUUCUGCCGCUCACAGCAGUUGGCAUGCACUUAGCCCAAGCAGUGAAAGCUGGCUACUCCCUGGAUAUGGAGCGGGCAGGGCUGACUCCAGAGAUUCAGAAGAUUAUUGCUGAUGUUAUCCGAAACCCUCCCAUCAACUCAGAUAUGAGUAAAAUUAAACUAAUUAGAAUGUUAGUUCCUGAAAACAUCGACACAUACCUUAUCCACAUGGUAAUUGAGAUUCUUGAAACUGAUCAUGACAACAGACUGUUAUGCCAGCCUUCAAGUGAUUCCAGCAUAAAGAGAUGUUUCCCCAACUCUGAAGAGAGCUGUUCAAGUUCUAAAAGAAGCAAGGAAGAUGUAGGCACUAAUACCAAGGCUUCUACUAUAUGUUGGAUCUUCUUUAUAUACAGCUUCACUCACUAUUUGUCACUUAUAUCUUCAUUGUUCAUGAAUAACUUUUUUUUUUGGUGGCACUGAGAAUGGAACCCCUGAGUUGGAGGCCAGACUGAGCUACACAGAAAGAACAACAAAGCACUUUUAGUUUUACACACCAGAGAAACUGUUGCUCAUUUUCAUGUAAAAUUUAGUUUUCCUACGCUUUCAAAAGAAGGCAGGGUCAGGAUAGCUUUUCCAGUUUCAUACUGUUCUCUCUAUAAUGUUUUUGUGUAAUGUUUAAAAUAUGAAAACUUGAGGGCCGAGGAUUUAGCACAGCAGCACAGCGUCUGCCUAACAAGUGCAAGGUCCUGAGUUCAAUCCCUGGUACCAAAAAAAAGAAAAGAAAAGAAAAGAAAAACUUGGUUUAUAAGCUAUAUACUACAUGUUUACUGGGCUUUCUUUUCUGUUUGUGUCUCUUGUACCUGUCCCACUUGAUUUUGAUUUAACUCCAGCAGUUUCUUCUGAGUGUCGGGCCUCCUCCUGGAAGGCAGCCUUGGCUGGUCACAGUUCAUUCAAGCCAGCUGCCCUAGCUGCUUCAGAUGCUUAGUGGGGACUUCUUACACCUAUUGCUGUUAGGGUGGUCAGAAGCCCUUCCACUUUCAGAUGCUGUUUUUACAUUAUUCCAUGAUGCUUUCCAUAGUCUAUCUGUGGGCUCUUUUGGGGUUCUCUGAAAUUUGCAGAUAACUUAUUGCUUGCCAUUAUUUCUCCCAUACAGAUUUAUUUAGCAUGCAAGCAUUAAUGGCUACCCAUUGGUGUUUUGUUCUUGCUUGCUUAUAGUUUGGCUUUCCUGAAGAAACCUACACAUUUAGCUUCAUUGUAAAUAUAGCAGAUGAGUUUUAGUUUUGCUGUCUAAUUCUGUUUUAUUGCUGGGAUUCAUAAAUAUUUAAAAACUAUAUUGUGGUUGCCACUAUCUUACCAGUAUGUUCUCCUCCUAUAUUACUUGGGUCCAUAAUGUUAGGAUAAAUAAAUCAGCCACACAAACUUAAACAUUGAAUAGUUAUUCCUGUAUGAGAAACCCCAAACACAAAUAAAGAGCAAAAUAAAAGAUAGAUAAUAGAAAGUAGGGAGAUAGAUCUUUUUUUAAUGGGAAGGAGAUGGGGGUGAGGGAAGAAUUUUGAGAUGUAUUUUGUACAUAUACCAACUCCUCACAAGGACUGUGGUCAUUAUGUACUGCAAACAUGUACUAAUAAAAAAUAAAAAUGGGAA